UGGUGCCCGUGUUGUGAAACUGAGGUUGGUGGUACGACUUACGAGUUAGACGCCAAAUGUCGGACUAGGAAAGCGGGAGAGAUUGCUGAGGCUGACGGAUUGAACUUUAGACACGCUAUUGACAUCAUCUGCUCACUCUACUAAUGUAAAUUAUGCCGCUUUCAUCCUCUAAAUUUUUGUUAAAGGGUGAAUAAUUAUUUUGCAGGGUGAAAUGAAGGAGCUCAAGGCGAAGUUACGCAAGUUCAAGAGGAAUUCCUCAACUUCGUCAUCCAAGGGUUUAUAUUAUCAAAAGCGGGAAGUGAAGAGGCAAAACAUCAAGCCGUCAAUAAUUCGUCAAGCUGAGGAGCUUCGCUCUCGAUUAGAGGCAAAUUAUCCUUGUUUCAUAAAACCUAUGUUGAAGUCCCACGUUGCUAGUUGUUUUUGGAUGGGGCUCCCUGUUCCUUUUUGCAAGAUGUAUUUACCGCAAAAUGACACUUAUUUCAUCUUGGAAAACCAAUAUGGUAAGAAAUACAGGGUAAAAUAUCUUGCAAGAAAGACAGCAUUAAGUGGUGGGUGGAGAGGAUUUUCUAUAGCCGAAGAACUGUCUCAAGGAGAUGUCCUGGUAUUCCAUCUAAUACAGCCUACCAAAUUCAAGGUGUACGUAUUAAGAAGUGAUUUGACAGAGAAUGAUAAACCUCGUGUUAUACAAAACCUCCCAGCUGAAGUAGUACAACGUGGUCUAGAAGUUGGCACCCUUGAGCCCAGUAUUGAGACUCAUCGACCUUCUUCAAUUUCUGAAGAUGAUUCGCUAGCUGAAAUGUCUAAAUCUAAUAGAAAAAAUCCAUCACAAAAAGAUGUAUCUAAAUCUAAUUCAGGAACUCCCAAACACGUUUUAUAUCCUGAUGCUGUAGGUGAUGGUGGUAUUGCAAGCUUUGAUGAGUUCGUCAUUCUUUUAGAAGAUUUGCUAAAGAAAGAAUAUGACCUUCCUCAUAAUCUCAAGCAUAGCUACUACAAACUUUGUUGCAGCCAGAAUGAAUUCCUCCAUAUUCAUCUCCUAGAGGGCAUCAAUCCUUUUCUGAUAGCUGGAAUCAUCAUCGAGACUGUCAAUGUUGCUCUUGCCAUGAAAAGCUGUGAGCUCCAUACUUCUAAAAAUGAAUUUUCUAUAUGGUAUGAAAAACUAAAAUCCCUUAAAAUUCUCGGGAUGGAAGUAGGAUUUUUGGUCAGUCAUUUAGACAAUCUUCAAAGGGUUGCCUAUGACCCUGAGGCUACCAGGAACAGGCAGCAAUAUUUAGAGCUGUGUUCAGAGCAUGCUAUCUCGGAAAGAGAGAUCAAUAAUGUUGAAGCCAAACUUUCUGAGCUGAUUGGGGUUUUUGAUAAGCGUGCUGAUGAAAUUAAGAAGCUGAAAUCAGAGAUCAAGAAUCACAAGUCUAAGUUUCUAGAACAGGCUCCCGCCAACAACUCCUUAGUAAGAAGGGUCUUGAUGGAUUAGCACCUCUCGCUGGUCAACGCUAGAGAGUAGGGGGGCAUAAGAGCAACUCCAAUGGUAAGUUACAAUACCUUGUAGCUUGACUUGUCACAUUAGAUUUUUAAGCAAUAUUGCUUUCUAGCUACAAAGUAUUUCAAUGGUAAGCUACAAUACAUUGUUAAUUGCUUGAAUGGUCUUACGUCUCAAUCAAUAUUUUCAACUUUAAUUUUUUAUUCAAUUAUAAUUAGCCAGGAAACAAAAGAAUUGUUUAUUUGUUGUGAAUGAAGAUGCAAUCACCAAUCAUAUGGAAUGUGAGCAUCACCUUCCCUAUUUUCUAAUUACAAGCCAUAUUGUCUUUUUAAAGUCAAGCAAGUAGCUUGGUGGAGCAGGUGUUGCUCUCAAGCAGGUAUCAAUUAUCUUGCUGUAAUGGUUGAGCAAUUUGCUCACUACUUUCAAAUAUUGCAAGUAGGUCCGAAACAGCCAUUGAUGUUGCUCUAAGGGAGUUCAUACUCCCCUACACUAUUAGGUAGUAGAGUUCAAACUUGUAGCCUCAAAAUCACAAUAUGAGUUUCCCAGCACCUCCACCCACUAAACUUGGUAUUAGGGUUUGAAGAUAGUGUAAAGACAAAACUAUAUAAAUACAAGAAUACCAUAUAAAACUUUUAAUUUUGGAUUUGGAGGUGUUCACGAAUGAUUUAAAAAAUUUUGUGAGAAGAAUUUCUCUGGGUUCACCCAGAGGUCCAUUAUAAGCCAGACAUUCCUCAAUCCCUGUCCCUUUUUAAAUCUCAGGCAACUGCUUGGGGUAGGAAUUAAACCCUAAACCUUGCUAUGGAAGAUGGAAAAGUUCACCACUUGAGCCAACCUCAAUUAUUCGGGGAUGAUUAUGAGCUCCUAGGAGGUUAGAAAAUUACGUGUACAAUCACUUUUUUUACAAACACUAAUUAGGAAUGGGUUGAAGCCUUGGAGACACUAUUUGAUUAUUAGGUGCAUGCCUGACUCUUAAACAAUAAGCUGAACUCCGUAAUAGUCUUUGAGUAAUUAAGUACUAGCCUUUUGUGCACGCAAUGCGUGCGAUGAUAUUUUUAGGCCUAAUACUAAGUAGUAAACAAACUGAAAAUGCAAGUUAGUAUGUAAGUUCACGUCUAUUUUGUGAAUAAGAUUCUUCCAUGUUCUUUUUCUGUUGUCA